UCAGCCACCUUCCCUAAGCCUCUUCGCAACCUUGCCAAGGAGCAUCUCUCUUCCUCCAGUGUUCGCAUCAACAUUAGCCGCAUUAGCAGCACCUAUGCUAAUAUUAUGCAGAGAGUCUUCAAGGCAUCUCCCUUCAAUAAGAAGACAGCUCUCAAGGAGCACAUCAAUUUGCUGCCUGCUUGCCGCAUGAUAAUUUUCGUCAACAGCAAGCGUAUGGCUAAUAAACUCAAUGACUUCUUAUACAAC